CAUUAAGAGUGAAGCGAGUGAAGAGUACAGUAAUUUGGUUUCCGUGGACUUCGUUGCGCCUCGAUUCGGGUGUCCCAAAGUGCAAAGCAGAGCGAAACAAGUGCGGGUUAGGCGGCAGGAAUAAUUGUAACAUUGUUUGCCAGCGCCUUUAUAGGGUGUUUAACUUUCACGCCCCUCCCCAAGCGUCUCCCCGGCCCCAACCCUACCCCAACCGAAAGUCGUUUGUGUCGGCAUGCGUGAGAGCCAUUUGCAUAAAUUCCACGUCUGACUCCGAGUUUUUUUCGCGGUGUGAAUGAGAAAUUGCCAGACAUUUCAGAGACCAGAAGAAGAAAGAGAAAGUUUCGCAUAAAUAAGCAUUUAAAUUGCCCCUGCAACAAUGGCUGCCCCAAACAUUUUGCGGCUAAUUCUAUUGGCGGCGGCUCUGAGCUGUCCCGCGGUUGGAGCUGCCACCGCCGGCGUGGUGCUCAGCGACGUGAACAACAUGUUGCGUGAUGCCGCCCGAGCCACCUCGGAGAACCCUGCGAGGGCAAAGAACAAGAAGGAGCAGGCAGUGCCCUCCAGUGUGGAGCUGCUGCGCUUCGUGGAGGAUGCCGAAGAGGGCGAGGAUAGCGAGGACGACAGCCUCGGCUCCCUGGAAAUGCUCUCCAGCGGACAGACCCUGCCGCAGACCCCGGACUCCACCUCCCCCAUCAAGCUGGGCGAUCAGGUGCGCCUGCUCUCCAAGCAGCUCAAUGCCCUGAUGAUGCGGCGCCGCGAGGAUUACGAGAUGCUCGAGCACAAUCUCCGCAAAUCCCUGAGGCUCACCACGGACGCGGCCAGCGCUGAUGCCGAUAUGCGGACGGAGCUGAACAAACUCAGGGAAGAGGUGGCCAGCCUGCGCGGCUCCCAGGGCGGAAACAAGGAGCGCCUCACCGUCGAGUGGCUGCAACAGGCCAUCUCCGAGAUCCGCAAACAGCUGGCAGAGCUGCAGCACACCGCCGGCAACGUGGCCAAGGAUGUGCAGCAGCGUAGCGCUGGCUACGAGGACCUGGCCACAAUCCGCAGCGACUUCCAGCAGAUCAAGCUAGAGCUGGCCGCCCAGCACGAGCGACAGCAGCAGACAGAGGUGCUCGUGCAAGAGCUGCGGGAGGAGAUGCUCCAGCAGGAGGAGGACUACCAGCAUGCCCUUAGUCGCCAACAGCAGCAGCAGCAGCAGCAGAAGGAACACUCCACGCCGAACUCCGCAAGCAUCGAGGAGGAGAGCAGCAGCAGCAGCAGCCAGGAGCUCUCUGGCUCCAGUUCCAGCUCCAGCUCCAGCGUCACUCUGGCCGACCACAAACGCCGCCACUGCCGGUUCCAGAGCCAGCAGAUCCACGCCCUGCAGCAGGCCCAUCGCGGACUCCGGCGGCAGGUGAACGAGCUGCGCUUCCACCACAUCGAUGAGCGGGUGCGCAGUCUGGAGGUGGAGCAGCACCGCAUCGCCAACGCCAACUUCAAUUUGAGCAGCCAGAUCGCCUCGCUGGACAAGCUGCACACCUCCAUGCUGGAGCUGCUCGAGGACGUGGAGGGGCUGCAGACUAAGAUGGACAAGAGCAUACCGGAGCUGCGGCACGAGAUCUCCAAGCUGGAGUUCGCCAACGCCCAGAUCACCUCCGAGCAGAGCCUGGUGCGGGAGGAGGGCAAGAAUGCGGCCCGCUCCCUACAGGCCAUGGCCGUCAGCGUGAGCGUGCUGCAGGACGAGCGUGAGGGCAUACGGAAGCUCGUGAGCACGGUGGAGAGUCUGCAGACGAAUGUGGACAGGCUGCAGUCGCUGGUGAACGAUGAACUGAAGAAUAAGCUGUCACACCUGAACAAGCCCCACAAGCGUCCGCACCAUCAGCUCCAGCAGCAGCAGCAGACGCAGCAGGAGGCCAGCAUCGACUCGGCCCUGGCGGAGACCCUCGUGAGCGAGCUGGAGAACGUCGAGGCACAGUACGAGGCCAUCAUCAAUAAGCUGCCCCACGACUGCAGCGAGGUGCACACCCAGGCGGAUGGCCUCCACCUGAUUGCGCCCGCCGGCCAGCACCAUCCCCUGAUGUCGCACUGCACCGCCGACGGAUGGACCACGGUGCAGCGUCGCUUCGACGGCAGUGCCGACUUCAACCGCACGUGGGCGGACUACGCCCACGGCUUCGGGACCCCCGGUGGCGAGUUCUGGAUCGGCAACGAGCAGCUGCACCACCUCACGCUGGACAACUGCAGCCGACUGCGGGUGCACAUGCAGGACAUCUACGACAACGUGUGGGUGGCCGAGUAUGCCCGAUUCUACAUCUCGUCGCGGGCCGAUGGCUUCCGCCUGCAGAUCGGGGAGUACAGCGGGAACGCCUCCGAUGCGCUCAACUACCAGCAGGGCAUGCAGUUCUCGGCCAUCGACGACGACCGCGACAUCUCACAGACGCACUGCGCUGCCAACUAUGAGGGGGGCUGGUGGUUCUCUCAUUGCCAGCACGCCAAUCUGAAUGGGCGCUACAAUCUGGGGCUGACUUGGUUCGACGCCGCUCGCAACGAAUGGAUAGCGGUCAAGUCCAGCCGGAUGCUGGUGAAGCGACUACCCGCCGCCGAGUGCCAGGCAGGAACGAGCGGCCCGGGCCCGGCGCCCGCGACAAGUGCAACCUCAACCACAAUCCCAGAGGCUCAGGCGUCGGUGGCAUUGACGGCAUCCACCAGUACGCCCAGUACUGUGGUGCAGUUCAUUGCCGCCGCUCAGGCGUAAGUGAGCUGUAACACCCCCCCACCCGUGAACCGGGCUAACGGGAACCGGGAACGGCUACAGUGAACCACCAGAGCCAGGCCUACUAUAGUUGGGAGUGCACUGAUCGUUUGUGGGAGUGGGAGUGAGAGUCCGAAGCGGAGACGGAGGCGGAGGCGGAAAUGGAAUUGGAGCUCUAAAAGAUCCCUAAUCCUAAUCCGAAUUAUGUUAGUGUAAAGUGGACGUGGAGUCCUUGUACAUAGUCGAUCAGCCCUAAGUUGUAGCAUUAAUCUGUCGAAUGGAGCUUACCCUAGACGUAUCCGUAGUCAAAAUGUCGGUCCAUCAGUCGUCAACCCAAGCAAACCGUAUAAAUAUUCAAUUCUUUGGUCUUUCAAGCAGAUCUCAUAGAGGCUUAAGUCCCACGAAGCUCUAAAAGGAGAGAGAGGUAGAGAGUAGAGUGCGGGAAUAUCAUAUGAGAAGAAGCCGAGUGAAUGUCUAGACAUAAUCGCCACUAACUUAGUUAUAACCAUUAAGAGCAUCAGCUAUCGAUCUACUCUAGUUAAGGCUCAUCUCAGACAAAUAAUAAAUAUACUAGAAAUGGAAAUGCAAAACAUGUACUUUCAGCAGCAGUUUUAGGAUCUAGCUUAGGGCCCCCAUAUCAG